UCAAGAAUUUGGUGAUUCAGGUGCCUAGUAAAUAGCAAGGAUAUAGUUUCUGCACUUCAGUUAAUUAUAACUCUUUGUUGGAGAGAAUAAAUUAAGAGAUGGUGAGAACACCUUGCCGCGACGAAAAUGGAAGGAAGAAGGGGACUUGGACUCCUGAAGAAGAUAGGAAGUUAGCAGCAUAUGUUACUAAAUAUGGCUGCUGGAACUGGCGCCAACUUCCUAAGUUUGCUGGUCUAGCAAGGUGUGGAAAGAGCUGCAGACUUAGAUGGAUGAAUUACUUAAGGCCCAACAUUAAAAGAGGAAACUACACCAAAGAAGAAGACGAAAUCAUCUUGAAGCUGCAUGCUCAACUUGGAAAUAAGUGGUCGGUUAUUGCUGCUCAGUUGCCAGGAAGAUCAGACAAUGAGAUAAAGAAUCAUUGGCACACUGCACUUAAGAAGCGUGCUACUAAUUAUGCUCCAAACUCAAGUGACAAUUCAAGCAAGAAAUGCCAUAAUAAGAACAGUACUGAAGGCAAUACUAGAAGAAAGAGUGUGGAAAAACAAAAUGCAAGUCCAAAUAUGAGUUCACAUGAAAAUAUAGUACUGGAAAGUUCACAAUGGUCACCAAAGGAGUCAUCAAGUGAAGAACUCUCCCCCAUUGAUUAUCAACCUGAAUAUAAAGUUUUUCAAGAAGCUUUGGAGGAAAGUAAUGGAAGCUUUUGGACUGAACCAUUUGUAGUGGAUAGCUUCAAUAGUAUUCUAGCUCCUUCAAUUGAUUACUGUGGACUUGUGUGUCCACCUUCUCCUUUUAUAGCUGAUGAAUUUCUUUCCUCCUUUGACUUAGAUGAUUUUAAUUGGUAAAAACUAGAAAAUUAAAGGAACAUCCAUAGAAAUACUGGCAAUUUAUCUCAUAGGAUCAUCACCUUCUGACUUGAUCGUUGGCUUUUCCAUGAAUGUUGGAGAUGUAUUGAUAUAUGAUAAAUUUGCAUUGUUCUUGUAAUAUUUGACUAAGCACGUUUAAUCUUCAAUUA